CCUGCUGCAGCAGCAGCAUCAGCAUCCCACAGCCAUUGCGUUUGCGUGAGUGUGUGCGCGCGCAUGUGCGCCGGACACCAACGGCUUGCCUUCGUCAGCCGAUGUCCUGCUUCUUGAAUGGGUGUCGACAGGACGAGGACGGCGAUGCUGGAGUAGAUGGUAGACGUUUGAUUGUGCGAUGCGUUACGUCACUGAGGAAAACGAACGCCGGGAGUAGAGAAAGAAUGUUUCUUCUGGAGUGUGAAAACAAAUCCAGAUCGGUGCUUAAGAUAAUUUGUUUUUGACAGACAAAAGUUCAUUAAGCUGUCGGCGCUUGUUGUUUGAGGGAUAACGGUGUGGGAGGGGGCUGGAGGCUGCAUGGAGGUCAUGUUUGUUCGUUGUUUGCCGAGUGUCAAGCGAGCCCAAGUGUCUGGGUAGUCAGGAGGACGAUUGUGAAAUUCGUUUCAAGAACCAAACCACAAGUUCUGGUCUGUGAUAUAAUAGGAACCGGCGUUGUCAUGGAGAUGAUCACAAUAAGCCAGCUUCUGAACCGUUAAGGUGUUCGCUCGGGACACAGCUUGUGAGGUAGGUGUGGUCGUUAAGCUCACACACCUUCAUGCAUGACCACCGGGCUUUGCGACAACAGCUGCAGGCAAUUACAUCUUAUGUCAUUCAGCAACUCUCUCGUGCGUCACGAGAUCACGCGGGGAUUCCCAAGUUAGGAAAUACAACCGUCACGGACCAAUGGCCAAAGAGAAAUGCGAACCCUCCACGUUGCGACAGCACUUUGCACUCUAGGGGUCGGUCACGGCCGUGACUAAAGGCUAAAGGUCAGGCGAUGUAAAGGCACCAAAAGGUUAUCAGUUACAGCUACGACUACAGUCAUGGUGGCAGCCGUGGGCGAAAUAAAGUUCUAUGGCUAAACAUACCUCCCGGGCUAAGUAAACAUCAGGAGUUCUACAACACUGGAUGUGUUUACAUUGUCAGUCUGACAGUCAGUGGGACAAGCUGACAUUCUAUGCAUUAACAGCGUGCAUGGAAGAACGAUUGUGAUGGAGCCUUCUGGAUCACAGCCAUGUCCGAUGAGGCUACGCCUCGACUGAACCAGGCCAGGAGGAGGACGACUGGAAGCAGUGAGUGAAGCAGACUGGGUGGCUGUGUUGCCUCUCAGACCACUGUCCAGCGAAGGUCGUCACGGACUAGUGACAGUGUGGCUGCAACAACACAAAUGGUAUGAGUUAAAAACAAGGUGAAGACAGGACAGAAAAAAGUGGACCAAAGUUCAAAGGCGGGCCGCUAUGGCGCCAGUAGGUUACAGCAGUGAACGAGAACAGUUGGGUCAAACAGUAGAUGAGCACAACAUCGGAUACCUACUGAGGACCACAAAGGCAGACAGCAGUAAGGUAAGACAACAACACUGAAAAACGAGGAGCAGCUGAGGGCACACGUGAACUCCAUCUGAUGGCGCGCGCACUACGUCAUGGAUGACGUCUUGUGGCCCUCAGACCGUGUCAGUGACGUCGCCGUGGUAACUACCUUUAUCCCUUUCCCUCCGCAUCCCUUAAACACACUUCACCUCACUGCGUGUGCAAUAAAAGGUUCCCUCCUCCAGAAGGAUGGCAUGAGCAGUUUUCAGUGUCACUGUCACCAGAUACAAUGUGCUGCCUAGAAAUCACCAGACGUGAAUCACUUUUCACAUAUUUAGCGCCACCCAGUCAAUUCCGGGUGUGACAACUGCGCAUGUCUCUAGAAUAAACUAACUGCGCAUUUAUUUAUUUAUUCCUAAAGUGGAUUCUUGUUCUUGGAACAGCAGGAAAGAGCAUCACCUGGUGGGGACCACCUCGGUUCCUAUCGUUCCUGGUCUGCGACUGACAGUCAGCACCAAGGCUUAAAGAACCGUUAGAGGGUCUCUGUUAAUGGCUUGCUGCAAGUCUGUGAAUCCCUUCCUGCAACUCUCCCAAUGGCUUAAUAUAGUUCGGAAUAAACCUUCCACCCGUCAACGAAUGAGUUAGUACCCGUCUACGAAUGGCCUGAGAAAUCUCUCCUAAAUUGUUCAUGAACGCUGCACGAAUGGCUUUCGAAGGUCUUGUGGAUGUUUACGAGAAUCGGUUUGUACUUUCACAUCUGUUCGCUUCCCGAGAUAUGAAUGACUCACAACAGGAUGUGAGACUGUCGUGUUGACAGGAACAGCAACUCACCCUACCGACACCAUCUUUCUAAGAGUUCAUACGAGGAAAGAAAGCUGUCGUCUGCUCUGCCACGCAGGAAGUUUUUACCGGAAUCAAGAAAACAUAGUUAUGUUAAUUUUGAUGAGCUACAAGGUUUAGCUUUCAACGUGGCCUGGUAGCUUCUCAGGCGGAUUUCCUAAAUGUAGUUUCUUGUCAAAGCAGAACUUCUGAAUGCAAUGUGAUACUUGGUUUUUGUUUUUGUACCAAGAAGGGCUUGAUGCCUCAGAGUGUAAUGUCAUGCGGCCACACAGACGAACAGACAUGGAUAUCUUGCAUGCGAAUAUUUUUAAAGAAGGGAAUUUCACGAUGUGUGUGUAUUUGUUUACACUAAACAUUUUGAUACAAGGCUGACACUUCAAAAUAUCAUUUGGGGAAUUCAAUUAGAUCAUCUAUACAUUAUGGAAAAUUUCGGAAAUUCAGUUAGUGUUUACAGACGUACAAAAAGACAAAAAGGAAGGACAAGGUUGGGGUGGACAACAUACUGGCAUGUAACAAUAAACAUUACACAGUAUUCACCAGCAAUGAAAAGAAAAUAAUUGUUAUCAGUGACGAGGUACUGCCACCAGCUACAUCAGGAUACGAGAUUCUCGUGUUACACCGGACACGCAAGAGAAUCAGCGUGAUUUCUAUUGAAUCGCAGUGUUAGAGUCGCUCAAGUCCACUGCAGACACCCGGAUGUAGCAUCGUGAGACAUCAGCUCAUCCGGUCACUUUCUUGAAAAAAGAGAGCGCUAGCAAAUCACCCACAAAAAAAAAUCCAUAAUAAAUAUACACUUACGGGUAGGUUAUCAGGAACAUCAGGUGUCUUUGAAGGAGACAUUACCAGACAUCAUCAGAAAUGACAAAAAAUUGAGAGGAAAGUAACAAAUUAAUGUAAGCGAGAUGUGAUUCAAACGUGUUGCCAGGAUUUCUGUGGGUGUGCAUUGGAUUUAUGUUCCGUGAUUCUUUAUGAAAAACAUUUGGAUAUUGUGAGUCGGCUAAUCUAAACUUUCAUCUUUUUAAGAAACAAUGAGAAAUCAAAUGAAAGAUAUGUUUCGAUGUCUUUUAUCAACAACACUUUCGAUUUGAGGCAAAGACAAGGAGCAUCGGAGAGUGGAAGACACAAGAAGCUGUAAAUAUCUCUUUUGAGCAAACAGAAGAGUUGUUGGUACAGCAAUCUUGAAGUUUGUACGACUAACAAGAAUUAUCAUCCUUUUCCCAGUAGGCGCUGGUUGUUAGCUUCCGUCUGCUUGUAUGUAUAGCAGGCGAUGACCAAACCUCAGACCCCAUCAAAGGCUUUCUCUGUGUCAGUUAAGAAGCUCGCAUCAAUUCCGUAAGAUCCAGAGUCAACGUCCCUGUGUUUGUCCUGAUCCCAACUUCCGGUCCUGGCCCUACAUCCUCCCUCUGCCCCAGCUUGAAGGCAGUAAUCUUAGCGGGCUGGGUGGAGCUGGAUGAUAGCCGGGUGCUGGAAGGUUAACUGAUGCACCGGAAGGAAUGUCUCGGCCCGGAAGGCGUGGCUGCUGCACGCUGUUACACCUGAAGGAGGACAACGCCCGCUUCAUGCUGCUGGCGAUAGUCAUGUGCGUGUACAUGGCAGCGGGCGCCGGCAUCUUCAUGGUCCUGGAGGCCGACAACGAACGCGUGGAGCGAGCGGAUUACGAGCAGCUGUACCGGAAGUUCAUGGACAGCAACCCCGCCGUCAACGAGAGCCAGCUGCAGGAGCUGCUGCAGCGCCACGCUCUGGCCGACGCCGCCGGGAUCGUCGGGGACAAACGGCCUCGCUGGGACUUCUCAGGGUCCUUCUACUUUGUUGGCACCGUCGUUUCGACGAUAGGGUUUGGCAUGACCACGCCUCGGACAGCUCCCGGGAAGAUCGUCCUCAUCUUCUACGGCUUCUUCGGGUGCGCCGGCGCCAUCCUCUUCUUCAACCUGUUCCUGGAGCGCAUCAUCACUUUCCUGGCCUUCAUCCUGCGUGCCAUUCACGAGCGUGACCUCAAACGCAAAGGGCUGAUCAACGAGGUCAAGGACGCCGGUGGCCGCAGGUCUUCGCAGGUCUCCGAGGACGACCAGCUAGACUCGUGGAAGCCCUCCGUGUACUGGGUCAUGCUUAUUCUGAUGCUGGGGGCCAUGGUAGUGGCCGUGUGCGCUUCCUCCAUGUACUACCCUGUAGAGGAGUGGACUUACCUGGAGGCCAUCUACUUCUGCUUUGUCACCUUUGCUACCAUCGGCUUCGGGGACUAUGUUGUGAGCCAGAAGAACUCCUACAGCCACAUGCAUCUGUACCGCCUAGGAAACUUCCUCUUCAUCGUCCUGGGCUGCUGCUGCGUGUACAGCCUCUUUAAUGUCACCUCCAUCGUCAUCAAGCAGGUCCUCAACUGGCUGCUGCGGCGCCUCAACUGCGACUGCUCCGUUCGCACCCCCAUGACCCGCCGCAACGCCAUCACUCCAGGUCACGUGCACCGUGGGGGCAAGACCCCCGCUGUCACCGUCACAGACCCUGACGGUGACUCCGACUCCGAAUACCGCCGCAACUCCGGCGAGAUGAUCUCCAUGAAGGACUUCCUGCAGGCCAACAAGAUCUCACUGGCCAUGAUGCAGAAGCAGCUUUGGGAGACAGCGCAGAGCGGGCGGGCCAACAACAACAAUGGCGGCUUCCAGGGUGGGGUGGGGCCACUGGCCAUCCUGAACCGAAAACUGGGGCAGGACGAGUACGAUCCCGGUGUGUGAGGAUACAUCCAUAGGUAGACAGGUAGACUGGUGUCGGUGUAGUCUCUGACAUUUCUUCAGAGGUAGUCAUCCGGGUAACACAAAGUGUUCAUGCCCGUGUUCUGUGCAGGAGUGUUUGUCUCCCUAGCUGCAACCGUCCCCUUUCGCGACCAAUCGUAAAAGGAUUAACGGAUGAGGUCAUUUGGAAACUCAAAGGUCACCAGAACGUGCCAUUUACCCAUACCGCACUGCAAGACGAACUUGCCGGGUGCGAUAAUUUCAACAAGGCAAAAUAUAAUUUUUAUUUUUGCCUUCAGCUCUUAUUCAAUGUGAAUAAAAGCCUCAAUGACACUGAUUCAAAUUUCCAUUUGGAUAAGGUGUCGCUUUACUGGAUUCGAUCUCAGACGAACGAAACAAGAAAUAUGAGUGAGUUUCUACCUAUGAAAGCGAACGAUGAGGUGAGCUAAAAGUUUUAGGAAUUGUCUGGGUAGCUGUGGCUGGAUUUUCAUGCAGAAUCUGCACGCGCGUAUUCGCGUUUAGUAAAACAAGUGCAUUCGUGCUAAAAAUAGCAGUCAUUGCUACAGCAACAUUUUUGACUGUUUGCUCGUCGACUGGAUUUAUGAAGGGGACGACGGUCGUUUCGAUGACGAUGUGGUGGUUUUGCUCAGACUGAGCUACAUUGUUAUAACCGACCUGAUGUUCCAACUUGUAUUUCUUAAAAUCUGAUCUUGCAACAUGUCUGUCAGAGUAACUACACCUGAUGUCUAACAUUAUGAGAUAUUCCUGUAUCAAACUUUUUUAAUAGCAGUUCUUUUUAUAUAAUCUGCUGUUAGAGAUUGCAGUUGCAAUUUUUACAGGAAUAGAAAUUGUUACUAUUUAAAGUAGUGGCUAACCAGUCUGGUCGUGUAAUUUAAUUUCCUUCUCCAUUCUUUCCAUCCACCCCACUUCGUCAGGGGAACUCACCAACGACAUCAGACACAGCUGCUGUCAGAAUUAGCAAGAUGCCAUCGCCAGUAUGUAGGUCUAACCACAGAAGGUCUGGAAAUGACAAAGAUGUCUUUCUGUUAUCUCCGGGGUGUCAACGACAGAGCUCGUGUCGAGGAAAAAAAAGUUCACUGCCAGAUUGCUGAGUCGGAAUCUGCUUAGUUUCGAUGAUGUCCUCCGACAUCUUAAAUGAGAUGGCUAGAUUGACUACAAGACAAGAUGGCGACAAGGAGAAAAGUCGUUUGCUGAGCUUAUCUUUCGAGAGUAAUCAGUGGUUUAGUCGUGUGAUUGCAGCAACUGUCAACACACGUGGAAAAAUAAACUCUACACACAAAUUAAUAUAAAAAAAACUUCUUGAAUAUGCUUACCAAGAAGAUGUAUCAACUAAAUAAACCAAGGCAGCCAUGUUGGGUUGAUUUCUAACUGAUGUCGCUGGCACAUUUAAAAUCACGUGAUCUCACUAAGAAACAUAACAAACAACACCGACAGAGUCGUGAGGUUUUAUUUCGUUUGCUACAACUGAGCGUCUGGUGUUGCCUAGGCAACCAUUGCCCUUUGAGGUCAGCAAACAGAAUCUAGAUGCGUCGUGCGGUCCUUGGAUGUGCAUUAACCUGCAAGUGAACCAUCGCCGGCCGUGGAAACUCUUGCAUUCUUAUUUCUUAUUGACCUCUCAAGUCUUGCAUACCUUUGACCAUGGUCUGGUCUCCUUCGUUACUGAAGAUGUCCGCUGUUGCCUCCUACAUCUUCAGCUUGAAGACACUGAUUGGCAACAGUAACUUUUGCAUUGUGAUUUUUAAAUGCCAGCAUUGCAAAUGAUUUUGUGUUUUUGUUGCAAUUCCGCAGCAUGCAUAGGGAAUGGUGAAAAAAACCUCCAAAGCCAGUUAUCACGGAUGCUUUGGUACACUUCCAGUUGUCAUGCGGUUAAUAUUUAAUUUUCAUCAGCGACAGUAAUUUUCUACGAGCUGUUUCCCAGAAACGCAGGGAAAAAAAAUAACUGUCGUAUUCUUGGAGUUUUGAUUAAAGACAACCGGAAAUAUACAAAUAUCUACAUUGCGCUUGUAAGAUUUUCAGGAGUAUGAAUGAUGUUGUUAAUAUUGUUAUCAGGUAUAUAUUAUGAGAUGAAUGAGUAUCCAUGUGAGUUUUGAUUGACAGCUCCCGGAGAUAUACAAAUAUCUACACUGUGCUUGUAAGAUUCUUGGUCUUACGAAUGUUGUUGUUAAUAUUGUUACCAGGUGUAUAUCAUGAAAUGAAUGGUAAUCAAUGUGAGAGGAAUGUCAGGUAAGCUGUAACUGUGCCUAGCAUUCAUGCAUGCUCCGACCUGAUUUGUUGUCUUUCGAGCUGAGUUUUAAGUGUUCUUGCAGGAUACUUAUCUGGUCAUUCCUACGAGAAAAAUAAGCUUUGCCUGCGUUGCAUUCUUACGGAACAUUUUAUGUACGUUAUCAUUGUCAACACUAUUUAUAUCUGCCUUUUUGUUGUGAGACAAUUCAUGAUGGAAACACUUAUUAAAAAUAUGUCUGUCAAAGGGAACCCGGUGGCGAUCUUUCCCCCGCUGAAUUCCAGUAUCCAUGGAAACGAGCGGAUUUAAAUUGUUAUUUUUAGUUUGUUUUCCACUUCGUCCGUCAGCCUGGUAUUGUCUAAUUUUGUUGGCUACCAUCAUUAGAAUAAAAUACAGAUAAUUCUAGCAGCAGGGUGAGAACUGCAUGAAACCGUUAAAAUUCACUGUUUAAAAAAAUGAAAUAUGGAUUAGCCAAAAAAAUUGGCAAAAUCUGUUAAUUUUAGAGAUGGUAUACAAACAGUAUCGAGGGUUAAAGUGAGGCACCAUUAGUGCUUUCCGCUUAUAUGCACCAAGAUAGUAAUAAUGCACCUAAUGGUCUGAGAACAGAUUGAAUAGAUUAGUGUCUUUUUAAAAGUCUGUUUGUUCAUAUAAACUGCAGUCUAUUAAAUUCCAGGUCUUUUAUUUUUACUGUAGUAAAAAUGUUUUGGGAACAUUCGAUUUUUCACAUUUGCAUCAUCAUGAACUGUGAAUAUUUAGAAGAUACUGGAUCCGCACGAUUGUCAUUGAAAAUCAUGAAACUCAUCUUCUAGACCAAGCGAUAGUUUAAAGAAAACAAUUUUAAAAUUUUUGUCCAAGUUUGAUUACUUUAAGAUGCGUGUAACAUAUUUGCUUUCUUAACUCAAUGAGGGCAGUAACAAUAAUUAAAACCUUUUAUGGUAUAAGGUUCUGUAUUUCUUAACUUCAACAUCGUUUGUAAAUAUUAUCGCAGCUUCAUUGAACUACAUUUGACACUAUCAGAUAAGUUGUAGAAGAAAAACGUCUUAUAUGAUGUUUAAUGGUAGGUUUUUUAAUGCGAAUUUAUUUGUUUAUUUUUUUUACUGUCUCCUUUAAAUUCUUCUUUACUUUUUUUUUUUUUAGUUACCAUAUUUUUAAUUGAGAUAUUAUUAGUUUUGUAGCUAUUAUUUCUGUGGCAAUAACUUUAGUGAUGAUUUGAUUCGAUUAUAGUUCUUUUUCACGAAAAUUGUCAACAGCAAAGUAAUGUCCGUUGGAGCAAGCGUCCACAGUCCAUAGGUCCAGUCCAUCUUUUUUAUCGUCCCUUGUGUUAGCAUUUUUAGUGAAAUUCAAUGAAAUCUAGUAAAUUUACAUAUUGAUUACUUUAUUGGCAUCCCUAUGUACUCCAUCCUUCCUUACUAUUUAAAAUGGACUUAUUUUCUUCGAGGUGUUAAUUUUAUCUCUCUUUUUAUAAAUAUAUAUCUUGGAUACGUAGGAUAUAGAUGUUGGGACCGAUAGUACAGAAAUGUUUGCAGAAUACAGCGUCUGGACUGAACUCAGCUGAUGUCGGGGAAUAUGCAAAGGACGCUGGCAACAACUUCGCAGCUCGUGCUAUGGUGUGACCAAAGUUAAGUGAGGUUUGUUUGUCUACGGAUGACGGGAGCAAAACUUCUUCAGACAUCAAUAAAGGGUUGUUUGUAUUACUGA